UGUAUUUAAUAAAUGAAAGUUUAAUGUUGGAUUGGUUGUUAGAAGUAAUUAAACAAAACAUCACGAUGUGUCCCACAACGGAAGCGUACACGGACGUGGUGGAGCUAUGCGCACUGCUACAAUGUCUUGGGUUCAGCGUGAAGUCACUCAAUACCAGCGACGGCAAUAUGAGUCAGGAGAAUGGGGCCAGGACCGUGGUGAUCAACUGCCAGGCUUCUGGGCUGCAUGUGGUGCUGGAAAGCGGGAGUUCCUCAUGCUCCUGUCCACCUGAAGCCAGCCAGCAAAACAGUGGCGUGUGGCACGUGUCUGGGAUAGCAGGUGGUCAACGACUCGACAAGGAGUUUGGCUGCUCGAUCCUCGGCCAGCUCCCAAAGGCGCAUCGCGAGCGCCUGUCCGCGGAGCUGCGCGUGAUGAUGCGCUGCAUCAGAGAGAGCGGCGAUAUCGACGACAAGUCCAAGGAAAAGGCCAACAAGUCCGCUAGCAUGAUCGAGGUUAAGGUGUCUCCGGAGAGACACAGUCUGCUAAAAGCGGAAACCCCGACCCGUUACCGAUCCCUGGACACGCUGACGGCGGCGAAGGAGGCCGACCAGCAGUUGCCGACGCCUGGGUUGCUGCAGAAGAAACUUGUGCUCACCGACACGUCCGCUGAUGACGUCACUACUGAUAACAAAAAGUUGAUGUGCCGAAGGCAAAGCACCUACACGUUGUCACCUCCGGGCAGUGUCAAAAUUCGCAACAAGACGUCUAGCCCCCUCCAGCAGCCCCGAAGCGUGGUACUCGAGAGCCUAAUAGCAGCGGAAAAGGCAGCCGAGGGUCUCCGCCAACAACUGGCCACGAUUAUCAAACAAUUUUCUGACGAGGGGAAGGAUGAUUCUUCCAUGUCCUCGCUGGUGCUCGAUGUCUCCAAGAUAUCCGUAUUGAAGGGCACAGAACCAAUGAAAACCCAGUUCGCGUCAAGCCCCAACCUCUCCGGCCUUGGCACUGUCUACGAAGACAUGAAGAAGAACAAAUUAUUGAGAAUAGAAAGUGCGUCCACUUCGAACCUGCCCAAGAAACAGACGCCCAACAAAGAUGGCGGGGUGGCUUCCAAGCUCAGACGCAUCUCACCUAACUUCUUCAAGAAGAAUAGUAGCAUCAAGAAUGACAAAUUGAAACCGCAGGAUAAGAAUAGUAAAUUAAAUAACAUCUUCAAGCCAAAGCCAGUGACUCCUAAACUUAAAUCCGAAUCAAGUCCAAACCUAAGUGCAUCAACAAAGAAGAGAUUUAGCCACAUCAAAUCCACCAUACCCCGACCUACGCCAAAAAAGGAAUAACAUUUAAAGAAAUAUAUAAAAUGCUUUUAAAAUUUAUUUAUUUAACUAAAAUUGGAUAGCAGUCUCUUUUAUUAAAUAUAUUAAUUAAACUAAUAA